CAAUCACAUGACGAGACUUACAGACCCUAUUGAUAAAUCAUGGAAACCGUCAGGUUAAGUGAUCAAUACUGUUUUCAUAUCCAAGUUUUUACUUGAGUUCAGGUUAUGACAAGAUUGGUUUUCUCACAAAGAAGUAGAAAUUCUAUUAUCAAUUUGAAAUGGUCAAGAUCAAACUUUUUGUAAAUAUUUGCCCGCCGUGUUUUCUUAGUUUGGAAAAUUUGUAUUCAUUGGAAUUUUUUUACAAGACUAGCAUAAUUUGAAAAUCGACAUCAAGAUGAGUAAAGAAUUGAGGGCAUCAGAGAUGAAAAACUCUAACGGAGGCGAAAUAAAUCAUGGAUAUAUCCAAACGGAAAACGAUGACCGGAAACAUACAGAACAAACUAAAGUAUCUCAGAUUGAAAUACCAGUCACCCAAGACAAAGAAGACGAAGAACACCUUACCGGAUGUGCGAAGGUGGCUAAUAAAAUACAAACAACAGUCGGUGUUAUUUUCAGCAAAUAUGGCAACAAAAUUAAACUGGUUAUUAAACUAGUUCUCCUGCUGUUGUAUUUCACUUACCUCGGUUACGCCAUGUACUACAGGUUUGGGGACGAGGGUUCGAUCCGAUUUCUGGUUUGCUCGAUAAUAGGAGUGAUAUUCCUCUUGAUUCAUAUUUUCCAACGCCUGUGUCAAUCUAGCAUCGGUACAUUCUGUCAGAGAAUUGGGUCAACCUGUAAAGGGCUGAAGAAGACAAGGCGAUAUAUACACCGAUUCUUACUGUUUGCCGUGUUUGUUUUCCUGACAGCCUACAUCAUUGUUGACGUUCUUUUGGAUUAUCCAGAAAACGCUGUCUCCAUUGCCGGUCUUGCAAUCUACAUCAUUCUCUUUUAUGUGUUUUCUAAAAAUCCUGCAAAGAUAAACUGGAGACCAGUGUUCUGGGGUUUUGCCAUACAAUACAUCUUUGCCCUCAUCAUUUUGAGAACGCAAUGGGGAUACGUGACAUUUCAAUGGCUAAGCGACAGUAUCACAGAAUCAUUCAAUUAUCCAAACGCUGGAGCAAUAUCUGUUUUUGGUGAACUGUACACCAAUUAUUUCUUUGCAUUUAAGGUGUUUCCAGCGGUGAUCGUCUUCUUUACAGUGACCUCCAUCCUCUAUUACCUAGGGGUCAUGCAGGUCAUUGUCAUGAAAAUGGGGAUGUUUCUGACUUUCUGUCUAGGGACUACACCAGCUGAGUCCCUCAACGCCGCAGGGAACAUCAUUGGUGGCAUGACGGAGGCUCCAUUGAUGAUUCUUGAUGAUCCAUUCUUAGAAGACAUGACAAACUCAGACCUUCACGUCGUGUUAACCGGAGGAUUUGCCACCAUUGCUGGAAUUGUCCUGGGCGCAUGUAUACAAUUUGCUGUUCCCGCUAACCACCUGAUCUCCGCCUCCGUGAUGUCUACUCCAGCCGCUUUAGCCAUCUCCAAAUUAGCUUACCCAGAGACAGAGCGGCCAAAGACCAAAUCAAACAACUACGACAAGAUGGGAAAAUCAACGGACAGAAACGUGAUAGAAGCCAUAUCUUCAGGGGCAGGUAACUUGGUCAAGGUUGUGGCCACCAUUGCAGUAAAUGUCAUGGCCUUCCUAUGUGUCCAAGAGUUUGUCAACAUGACUCUGACGUGGUUUGGAGACCGCGUUGGUGUAGAACACCUGUCUUUUCAGUUAAUAUGUUCCUACGUGUUCUACCCGAUCGCCUUCUUCAUGGGGACGGAAGUGCCGAACUGUCGUAGAGUGGCGGAACUUAUUGGAAUCAAAACCUUUACAAAUGAGUUUGUGGCCUACACAGAACUGUCUCAUCUCAUUGAAAACAAGAAGAAUUUUACGGACUACACGGCUCAUUGGAAUUUGUCUUCCGACUGGUAUUAUCAAGGAGAGGACAUCAUUCUACUAUACGUCAACCGGACACUUAAGAAUGGAAUAAUAUCGGCCAAAUCGGAAGUGAUAGCGACGUAUGCGCUGUGUGGUUUCUCUAACUUUGGCUCCAUGGGGAUAUUCCUUGGUGGAAUGUCAGCGUUGGUUCCCUCCCGUCGGGGGGAUCUAUCAAAACUGGUCCUGAGGGCCAUGAUAGCAGGCAACGUGGCCUGUUUCUUAACAGGAUGCAUAGCAGGACUUAUGUAUAAAGACUAUGGAUCAACGUAGGCAAAUUUGGUUGUGCAAGAUUCAUCGAUAUCACCAUUUCUUGAUUUCAAACCCGCAAGGAGUCUCAAAAUAUUCUAAAUGCUUUCUUUAUCAUACCCUUGAAAGACGUUACAUUUGAAAAUGGAAAUAUGACACAUUUUUUGCUCUUAAUUGCAUAACAUCGUUUAGAAUAGAGGGGACAUAUUGGUUACCACCUAUCAAUCGAAAUCUUGCCCGAUCCGCUCAGUAUCUUGGGAACCCAUUCAUUCAAUUUUGCAUACUCAGGAGUUGAUGAGUCCUAUUAACUUUGAGAUCUCAAUGUCAAAGGUCAGGAUCAAACUACUUUGGGCAUAAAAUAAAUUUGAUCUACUCAAUAUUUUGAGAACCCUUUGCUUGACAGACUUCAAACAUGGUAUGCAUGUAAACCCUACCAUAUAGCUAAUCGCCAAGAUCUCUCUAAUAGCUGAUAGUGAUAAUGAUAUCGGUCGUUGUUCGUUGUCUUCACCUUUCAUCGUAAGGUCGAAUAUCUUAUGUCAAACUCUUCUACAGAGAACAAAAAAUUGCCAACUCAAUACUUUGAAAACCCUCUGUUAGAUAGACUUUAGGUUUGGUACACUGUUACCCCUAUGGAGUAGAUGGUUCAUAUUGAUUUUAUAUUUACAUGUCGAAGGACAAGGAUCAAACUACUCCAAAGAUAAAAAAAAAAUAUAUUUAUAGACGUCUAGUUUGGUAAACUGGUAUCUCCAAUUUGUCGUUAGAGAUAAUCUAAAUUCAGAGUUGACACUUCAAUAAUGCAUACGGGUAAUAUCUCUCUACAACAAUCGAUAAUUUCCACGAUAUAUACGUUAUCUAUACCCUACAUGUAGGUAGGAACUUCCUUAAGAUGAUGAAUAUUCUUACCAUCUACAAUUAUUGUGCUGAAAAUUGGUUUUGCAAUAAAAAAUUAAGAUCUAUAAAA